AUGUUUAAACAAAUAGGAUAUAGCUCAAUGAGGCUAAAUAGAUUUGGUAAACAAUCAAUGACACCAAUUAAACUAAUAAAUAGAUCAUAUAUGAUCAAAUCAUCAAUUAUAAAACCAUUAAUUUCAACAACUCCAAAUUUUAAAUCAUCUAUAUUAAAUAUAUAUAGAAAUUAUUCACUAAAAGAUACUCCAAUACCACCUCAACCACCAAAAGAUAAAAAUUUAAAAGGCAAAAAAAUUUUAAAUAGAAUAAAUCGAGCAUUUACAUUUUCAUUAUCAACAAUUUUAGUUAUAUUUGCAUCAGCUAUAUCUUUGUUAGUUAUAUAUUUAAUAUUAUCUGAAUUAUUAUUACCAUCAGGAGAUACAAGAACUUUUAAUAAAGCUGUAAAAAUAAUAGAAAAUUCAAAAGAUGCUCAAACAAUAUUAAAUUUCCCUCAGGGUGAAAGAUUAAAAGCUUAUGGUAUAGUAGCAGCAGAUAAAUGGAUUAGAAAUAGACCUGUUCAAAGUAUCAAAAAAAGAUCAACAAUAGAUGAUAAAGAUCAUUUGUUUAUGCAAUUUCAAGUUGAAACUAAUCAAGGUAAAAUUGGUAUUGUUAAUUUAGAACAAUUAGAUUAUACUUUAUUUAAAACAAAAUUUGAAUAUAUUUCUUUAGAUGUUCCUGGUGAAAAAAGAAUUUGGGUUAUUGAACCUGAAGGAUUAUUAAGAAGACAAUUAAUGGGGAAUUCAAGCACGAGAACUGGUAGUGGAUUUUUAGGAUUAAAUUGGGGUCCAAAAAAAGAUUAA